GAUGACGCGUUGUGGCCUCGGCUAAACUCCACAAAAAAAUCUGACCCCCCAGACCCCCCCCCCCCUCCACAUGGAAUUCUGGAUAAUUUUAUGGCCGUGGUGCGAACAAAGGGUGCCGCCAGUCCUCAGCAGCCCCCGCCUCCUUUCUGGACCAUAUUUAUAUGGGACAAUUUACAGGUCUAUUUAUCAUCAACAAAUACUUGUUCAACUUGAUGUGAUUCAAUGUUCAUGUGUACACGUACCGGUACAUGAUGAUCUAGAGGGCGUGUCGCUUUUAUCGCGGCGGUGAUUACGCAAUUUCUUCUGGUGUGUAAACAAUGACCAGACUAAAUGUCUAUUCGUGAUCGUUUUACACGGAACUUGGUUGGACUAUUUUGGCUUUUACUAGCUGUAGUCGUGGUAGAAAUCUUCCUUUUCGGCACUUGCUUUAUCUGGAACCUGCCAACGGCUUACCUCCCAGCACAAGUAUUACCCAAACUUGAGCAAACAUUGGCCGAUUCUAUGACACGUAGCGAGAACAUGCAUCGGACCGUUGUCGCAUCGCUCGCCUUGGUCUUCGGCGGGUUGAUCAGUCAUGGUACCGCUCAGGCACCGAUUCCUCUUCGACCACCUGGAUUUUUCUACGGCACUGGAUCAUGUAAUGCUCCUAUACAAAUCGAAGCCUUUGUAGAUCUCAUAUGUCCAGACUGUAAGGCUGCUUGGAAAACAUAUCAGAAAGUUGCUGAUUAUUAUGGACCAGACACAGUGAGAUUUUCAGCUUUGAUCUUUCCUCUACCCUAUCAUCGAGCUGCAAUGGCUGCUGCCCAGGGUGCCUUUGUAGCAGAUAUGCUUGAUCCAAACAAGACAUACAGCUGGUUUAACACAGUCUUUGAUAAGCAAGCAGCACUCUAUGAUGGAAAUAUCUCGGAAAAACCUGAUACCUAUAUCAUAAAUGCCCUUUCUGAGUGGGCAUCAGAUGUUGGUUAUUCUAAAGCCCAGUUUAAGAUGCAUCUAGCACGCAGUGAUCCAACCCAAUCAUUAGCUAGGAUAGAAUUCAAGUAUGGUGCAACACGUGGUGUUUACGGAACACCUCAGACCUUCAUCAAUGGUGCAGUUAUCUCCUCUCAGCCAAGCUGGACAUUGACUGACUGGAAGAAAAUUAUAGAUCCUCUCCUCUCAAAGAACAGAUAUAUCUUCAGACACAAUUAAGCAUUUCCCUCGAAUACACACAAAGGUCAGGGUAUUCUCAUGCAUACAUUGGGCUUUCUUCCAUCAUUAAAACAGACCCUCCCCCCCAAAAAAAAGAAAAGAAAAAGAAAAUAAGUCUUCCACUGUACAUUCACGAUUAGUACUGAUGCUAUGAAAAAAAUUGUCAACCUAUUUUGAAGCUUUGUCAUAAAUGUACACUUGAAUAAUAGUUGAGAAAUGGACAUCAUAAAAACUUGUGAAAAUAUCAUAGAAAGCACCUAGAGAUGUUGUCAUGGUGUAUGAAACACUAUAUAAAUGUGGAAAAUUGUUCUUUUUUUCUAUUAAUUUUUUAAGGAUAUAUUAAUAUUAUUAUUUAUAACUUUAUUCAGGAAUGUCUUGUUAUUUUUAGCAUUGCUGAUGAAGCGAAGGGCACAACAUAUUAUAUCAUCUGAUAAUUAUGAUAUGAUGAAUGAUAAUCAUGAUGGAAAUUGAUUUUUUUUUGCUAUGUGUGAAUUAUUGUCAGAUGAGCUGCUACUAGUCACUGUUUAAUUGUGAAAAUUUUGCUAGCAUUGCUUCCCUUUUGCUGAUUGCAAUGAUGAGAUGUUGUGUCACAGAGUCAGUAUAGGCAGUCUCCCAUUCCCUUUUACCAUCAUGCCAGUGUCUAAUCCAGUGACACAGCAAGUGUAAAAAAAUAACACAAUCAUUAUUUUAGAUAGGCUAGGAUUGAUACUGGAUGUGGUAUUGGUUAAUUUGCUCCAUGGACAGAGAAGUUUGAUGAUUUCAAAUAAAAAUCACAAAAUUCACAAACUUCUUUAAUGGCAUCACUUUCCUGUUUUAUUCUUUGUCUUCACCAUGUGACACUCACUGCUUAAUUCUACUCUUCCCUCAGCAUCAAUUGCAGGUAAUGGUAUCAAAACUUGAACAGGAUACAGUAUUCAAACAAGGGAGGUAUAUUAUGUAGACAAAAUUACCUAAUUUAGAGCUUUAAUUACCCAACCACAUCAAAGUUAGUAUUUUAUUGUCACUUUGAGGAUUUCAAAAACUUUUAUUGAUUUUAUUUUGGGGAGACUAAGAGAUUUGCUAGUAAUAUUGUUUAAAGAUGAGAUUAGGAUUUUCUUUUCUUUAACUUGAAUUCACUCUUGUAGAUGUGAACUUGGAAGAUCUUCACUAAAAUAUAUGUAUUUACCACUGUUUAGGCACCUUGUUUAUUCAAAGAGAUAGUCGAGAGCGUGUUUACAACAGCUGCUCUGCUUUAAUUUGAUGCUACGUUAUGAUAUGAUAAUAUAUGACAAUAUAAUAUAAUCACAAUGAUAAUAAUCAUAUCGUCACUAAUCAUAAAAGAUCUGAUUAGAUUUAGGGGGUCAAAGGUCACAUACGUCAUUGUCUGUCUGAAAAUUUAUGUUUCGCCCGAUGUUUCGCUUUUGAAUGGGAGCAACAACAGCUCUAGACAGCUGGCAGCCGUCUGUUUCGAGGAGUUUUUUAACAUUUUGUUAUUUUUUAAAUUUCUCCUCAUACACAGACGGCUCGCUAUCGUGCAGCCACCAUUAGGGGACUUACAAUGCAAAAUCCCCCCGUCGGGGCUCUUCAAUUUUUGUCUUUAAUGAAUCAAACUUUUGAAAAUUAACGCGACCGAAAUGCAAAUUAAUAUUCCCUCUUGGCAUCAAUUGCCAAAAAACGGGGAAAAUCAAGUUAAAAGGAACAAAAACAGUGACUUACCUCGGCUGUCGCGCAACUUCACUGCCCUGUUUUAUCCGAACUUAAUACACAUAAACAUAUGGCCAUUGAGUCCCCUGUACAGAUCGCGCUAGAACUUCGGUCUCUGUAUUUGGUGAGUGAAGCCAACGGAGUUCAGCUGAACAACCAACAUAACAGAGACCGAAGCUUUUGGUCUACAACAGCUCAACAAAAAUGUGUAAUGAAUAUAUAUGUUUGUUGAUUGUACAUCUACUGCAUUUUUUAUUAUGUUAACAUGCUGGAAUAUCUUAAAUGUUGUAAUCCUAAAUAUACCAUUAUACUCUUUCCAUGGUGCUAUCCUUGUGAAGAAAUUACUAUAAACUCAGACAAGGUCAAUUGUACUUUUGGAAUAGUUUAGUUGUCUAUCUGUUAUGAUUUUAUAGUUUUUUUUAUUCUUUGAUCUGUCUUCAAUUGUGAAAAAUGUCAAAUGUAGUUGUGUUGUUAAAUGAUAUCAUGAAUAUUGUAGGUGCAGUUUUAACUCUAAAUACACGUCAAUAUAAACUAUAAAGAAUGCUCAUAGAAUAUAGUAAUGAGUGUGAUUAGUUUGUCACGAAAGAACAUUUGAAAAAUUCAACUUUAGAUCCUUCAGACAGCAACAUUAAUCACUAUAAAGUUCAUGGUGCCUAUUCUUAUACAAAUCAGAGAAAUGUAAGCGGAUGGACGAGAUAUAAAUUAGCUGCAUGAGUUUAUGGUUCUCUUGCAAUUAAAAUCCAAUUUAUAAUCCAAAUGUUAGUUACAUAUAUAGGCUUGACAAUAAUCUCUAUCAAACUUAUCUUAAAAACUUUGAUUUGCAGUUAAUGCUAAAAAAUGAUUUAAUGGAUGGACAUUUUUGCUGAAGUAUGCAUAUUUUAACAAAACUGGAAAAUUGUAUCGACUAGUAUUUUCUGAGAAACCACAUAUAUAUAUAUCAACAUUACAAGGCAAAAUAAUGUUUGGUAAAUAUCCUUCCAACAUAAGACACGGUUGUCACGAACGUGCAAAAUGCUCAUUCUUAAGUGAUUAUACUCUAAUCAAGCUGAAAAAAUGAAUAAAUGUAUUUACUUGGAGAAAAUACUUGCUGUUAAAUAACACUUUAUAGCUCCACGCUAUAUAUAGGAGCGUUGUGGCCCAGUGGAUUAGUCUUCGGACUCUGAAACAGAGGGUCGUGGGUUCGAAUCCAGCCACGGCAAGAAAUUUAUCCACAUUGUGCUGCACUCGACCCAGAUCAGGUAAAUGGGUACCUAGCAGGAAUUUAUUCCUUGAAAUGCUUUGGGGCUACAGCCAGGAUAAUAAUAUCCAAUUAAGCGCAUAGGGACGCAUUUGGCAGUGAUAUGCGCUAUAAAGCAUGUUGGUAUUAUUAUUAAUAUUAUUUGUUUAUUUAUUCAUCUAUUUCUUUAUUAUUUCAUUCCUUUAUUGCCGAUAUAUACACAGGAUGGCACAUAUCACCGAAUUAUAGAGGUAUCCCAUGAGGUCAACAAUAAAAGAGAUUACAACAAUAAUAAACAAUAUAUGGUAAUAGACAAGAUGCGAUAUAUUAGAAUAUGAAACAUGUAUUGUUAUGUUACUAUUUAUUUUCAUAUGAAAAUCAAUUCAUAUGUAUUAUUUUCAAACACUAGCUAGGUUGCAUAUAAGUUGUUCAGUAUCUUGGUUCAUGUUCUUAAUUGUGCAAUAAUUGUAAUCUCUAACUUCGAUCAAUAAAUAAAAUAAAAAUGGUGAAUUAAUGCUGGGAAUUUGUAAUUUCACGAUGACUAUAUACUCGUCAACAUGUAUAAGGGCGAGAAAAGACGCUACAUUUGUCAUAUAUUUUACCAAAGACAAAGAAAAAUGAUAUCCAAAGUGUACUUAUCAAUGAAUAUUAUAACUACGAUACGUGGUACAGAUUACUUGUGAAUUAAUUAUUUAAAAUAAUUUGGUGAUUUAAACUCUGGGCCUUAUAAGAGAAAUGAUAUUCUCCAUCCGUUGAUUGUAUUAUUUUAUCCCGUAUUCUCUUUACUUUUACAUGGAUACUAAUUUCUAAAUAAAAGCCAAUCAGAAUAGUGUGAA